GUCACCAACUGUAGACAUGAUUAUCAUCUCCAGUGUAUUCUUGAAAGGUAGAUGCACUUACUAUUUUUAUUUAGUUUAAACUUGAACUGUCUGGAACUUUAGAACCAAUAUUUCAGUGAUAGCACUUUACACCCAUGUGUUCACAUGCAUGUUUUUUACUUGUACAUUGUGUUCGUUUGUUCGUAUGGUGACUUGUUUCUCUUCAGGUCACAAAGAAGCAAAGAGUGCCCUAUAUUUUGGCAGCUUCUUGUCUUGAAGGACCCUUCCAGUCAAGAGCUUUUAGCUGCAGUGGAGAAUGAGAGGAAUUUGAGGUCAAGGCGCAAUGCUCGCCAUAUCCGUGAGGACUAUGAAAUGAAUAUUGCUAAUUCUUAUGGAGAUGAUUCAGAUUUCGAUGAGCGUAUUAUGAGGCAUUUUACUGUUGCAGCACGCAGAGCUCGUUAUGUUGAGAGAAGGGGAAGGCCGAGAUCUUCUGGUAUUGGUCCUCCGCUGGUUCUGCUCUCUGUUCCUACUGAAUAUUUACCUCUACCUGAUGUGCAGCGUUUGCGCACAACAUCACCAGAAGAACACCAAACUUCCAGUUAUGAGUUUUCGGAGGGUGAUUCACCAACAUUUAGCACUCUAAGCUCCAAAAGUCCACAAAGACCAAGCUCAUCUGAAUUUCUUGCUUUCUCGGAGUCUGUUAAAUUGAAAUUUUCUACAGCUUCUGCCAGAUAUAAGGAAUCAAUCUCAAAAAGUACCUGAGGAUUUAAAGAGAAGCUACUUGCGCACAAUAUCUUAGCCAGAGAAUUGGGAAGAGGAGUUCAACGUGAGAUGAAUGCAGGUAUUGCU